GAGAGAGAGACGGAGCUCGUUCACUCUCCGUCUCUCGCUCGGUUGACAACAAGACAGGGAGCGGGAAUCCUGAAUCCCUCGGAUGACCUGGAGCACUAGAUUUUGAAGAGCUUGAAUGUCCUGCGGUUGGAUGACUAUGCCACAGAUACAUGUCAGCACCGAUCACACAGGCACACAUGUGGCCCUGCAUCGUAAGCUGUGGCUGUGACCGUGCUAUCAAGGAAAUUCCUGGGUCCCCCAGGGUCACCUCCGUGGGUUUUCUAUCUGCACAAGCUUCUGUUUCCACAUCACGGACACACAAAGCACACUCUGUACGGACGUGCAGUCUCAGUAACUCAAGAGGUCCCUGGAUUGCGGCACCGUUGUGUAGCAUGACUCAAAGUGGAUUCACCUGAUCAUCACACUGCAGAAACAACAAGGGACGAAACAAAACAAGGGAGAUUCCAGAGACACGAUGGCCACUGAAGAGAAUCCGACACAGGUGGGAGCUGUCGUGCUGACUCCUCCGUCCACCGGGACCAGAACCAGCAGAGACGCCAACGACAGCCAGGAAGUACGACGUUACUGUGACCAAUUGCUUCAGUCAAAACAGAGGAGCAGCCCUUCCAUCCCCAUCAACAGUAAGCUGUCCUGUGACACUGGGAAAGGAGCGAUCUUGGACGAGGAAUACCAGUGUUUGGAUUACAACUCAAAACUCUUGAGCGCCGAAGAGAAACUUUGUCCAAAGCUGAACGCUGGCAGGAGAAUUAAAAGAAUGACUAACCCAGCUACUUCGAUUCCUGGGAACAGUUUGGAGGGGUCUCCGUGUCAGCUGGACGCUCCGGGGAAAUGUGUGGAUGCAGGUGGAAACAGAACUGGCAGCACUCGCUGUUCCUGCUCUGUGUCGAACCUUCACGCCAGCAGCUCCAGAUCCACUCCGAGCCCCAACUCCAGCCCGGCUCACAGUCCUCAUCUCAGCUGCAGGCCCUCCAGACCCAACCAGAGACACAUCCGUCGCAGCAGCCUGCCUGUGUCUAUGCUGGCUUUCUCCAAGACAUCACCUUACCUCUCCUCACAGGGCAGCCCCUCCAGUGAACCAGCCUCCUUGUCGUCCUCCCCCUGUGGCUUCCCGCUCUCCCACCACAACCACCAGCAUCGGCAAAACGGACACAUCCGCCGGCACCAUCUCAAAGAUGGCUACUCAAGUUUGGAGCGGCUCAACCGGAGGCCCAGGGUCAACAAGUGCUCCCUGGAGAAGAUGUUCCGGCGACGGGCGUCUCUGGAAGCCAUGACGGCCACGGUGGGGCACGUGGAGAGGCCGCCCGCAGGAGGGACGAGGAACUGCAGCGUGGGAAGCAGCAGCGAGGAGGAGGACGGAGAGGCCUCCUUAGAGAACACAGACUUUGUGAGGAACCGUAAAGAGCGUUCCACCGUCCUGGUGAGGCGGUUCUUCAAGAAUAACCAGAAGAUGACCAAGUCGGUGUGUACUGGAACCAGAGCGAUUGUCAGGACGCUGCCGUCAGGACACAUCUCCGAGGAGUUGUGGGAGCUGCUCGUUCACCGCAGGAUGUGUCGACCCAGCAAGAAGGAGAUUUGGCAGAUCCUUACGCGUGGAGUGGGAGAGGAACUCCGAAUCUGCAGGGACGUGCUGCGCUUGGUCCGGGUCAAACGACAGCAGGUCACCAGCUGUGUGCAGGAUCGAGAGGAGCUCAACCUGAUUCAUCCUGCCAAGAAGCUCCUGCUGUCUGUCCCUGGACGCGUGUGUCUCCGUGUGUCUCAUCGGCCGUCUCACACCGCCGGCGCCAGCCAAGCCGGACCUGAUCUGAACUCCUGUCUUAAUCCCCGGUGCUGUCGUCCUUCUCAGCCACCUCGGUUGUAUCGCUCGUGUGGCCAGAGGACGUCGGUGUGCUCCCUGCUGACCGGGGCCCUCCUGGAGGCCACAGCCGCCCUCGGGGCCCGCUCCGCCCUGCCCCCCCCUCCGCCUCAGGGUCCCACCAGCCACGGCGUGCUGAAAGAGCGUCAGCUGGCCACCAGCAUGACCAGCAGCAGCUCAGUUCCUCCCAGCGUCAGCGGGAUCAGCAAGGAGCUGACGGAGCUGCGGCACGUGGUGCAGUUCCCCGAGGAGAUCGCCUGCAUCCUCACCGAGCAGGAGCAGCAGCUCUACCAACGGGUCUUUCCCCUGGACUACCUCUGCUUCCUCACCCGAGACCUGGGCAGUCCCGAGUCUCAAACUAAACGCCACCCGAGCCUCAAGCCAUCGCUGUCGGCGCCUGCCAUGCCUACCCAGAGUGCUCAGCGGUGCAACGCCGUGGAGGACCUGGUGACACGAUUCAACGAGGUUGUCCCAUUCUGUGGGGUUUUCCUGAAGGAGCUGAGUGACGCGUUGGACGGGACAGCGAGCAUCAUCAGCCUUAAACCUCCUCAAGACACCACAGAGGGCGCUAUAGAGUUUGUGUCCGACUACAGCGGCCAGCACAACUUCAUGUCCCGGUCCGGUUCCAACGGUCUGCACGUCCCGGAGAAGGAAGCUACAGUCAGCAACAUCCUGCAGAUCAUCAGAUCUUGUAAUCGCAGUCUGGAAGCCGAGGAUCCCGAGGAGGCGUCCACCAGUCCGUCCUCCACGGGCCCGUCCCCGGCGUCCAGGAGCAACUCCUUCAGGGACCGGUGCCACAACCAAUUCAUGGUCGGGGACUUGUCAGACUCAGAUGGCGACUUGUCGUCUGAGCUGGUCGGGAAAGAGGUGGAGUUCCAGGGAACCGAGGAGACGCACCGAGCUUUCAGCCACGGCACUGAGCUCAUUCCCUGGUACGUCUUGUCACUACAACCAGACGUCCACCAGUUCCUGCUGCAGGGCGCCACAGUCAUCCACUACGACCAGGACAGCCACCUCAGCGCCCGCUGUCUGCUGCGCCUGCAGCCGGACAACACAACUCUCACCUGGGGUAAACCUCAGAGCGGAGGAGCCCCCCCUCCGGAGCAGCCGCUGGGAUUAGGACAGACGGUGGUGGCCGGACUGGCUGAAGGUCUGCUGGACCUGGGAGUGGUGAAGGCGGUGUUUCUGGGUCACCAGGGAGUGGACGUCCACGCUGUGUGUUUGCAGAACAAGCUGAGUCACAUGACGGUGGAGGAGAACGGCCUCAGCCUCCUCUACGGCCUCAGCACCACCGACAACAGGCUCCUGCACUUUGUGGCCCCCAAUCACACGGCUCAGGUGCUGCACAAGGGCCUGUCGGAGCUGGUGAACGCAACCAGGAAGUUGAAGAAGUUUCCCGACCAGCGGCUGCAAUGGCUGCGGAGGCAAUAUAUCAGUCUGUAUCAGGAGGAGGGCCGGUACGAGGGUCCCACGCUGGCCCAGGCCAUCGAGCUGUUCGGGGGGCGCAGGUGGAACAUGAGCACCGGUGGAGCGGAGAAAGCUGGAGCCCAGAAAAACAGCCCGCUCAGCAUGAACGAGAAGGCCAAGAAGAAGAAGAAGGUCCUUGUCAGGGGAGACAGUGGGGAUGCCACAGAUGAUGAGAUGGUUUCCAGGAAAACACGGAGCUGCAAGGAGGGACUGUACCGGAACGGGCUGGAGUCUGACAGCAUCGACCAAGAGGAUCCAGACGACAACUUCCCUGGACCCUUCUCCCUCUCAUCCAAUAAGAGCCCGGGAUUGCUUGCCUCUUCCUCGUCCUCCUCCUCUUCCUCCAGCAUGGCGGGGUCCAACCCGUCCCGUCCACAAUCCUCUCCGGUCCUUUCAGGAACCGUCAAGUCGCAGCCAGGGACUUGGAGCAGCCGGUCGUGGCACGGCCGAGGAAAAGGCUGUUUCAGAGGCUUCCAGAACCUCAUGAUUUCCGACAGCACAAUGAGCUUCAUCGAGUUUGUUGAGCUCUUCAAGUCAUUCAGUAUCCGCAGCAGGAAGGACCUGAAGGAGCUGUUCGACACCUUCGCUGUCCCCUGCAGUCGAUCCAGUCCAGAGUCCGCUCCUCUCUACACCAACCUCAGGAUAGACGACAGAGACACUGGGCUGCAGCCAGACCUCGACUUACUGACCCGCAACGGCUCUGAUCUCGGCCUCUUCAUCCGGACGAGGCAGCAGAUGUCGGACAAUCAGAAGCAGAUCUCGGACGCCAUCGCAGCAGCCAGCAUCGUGACCAACGGGACGGGCGUGGAGAACGCAUCACUGGGUGUGCUGGGAUUGGCUAUUCCCCAACUCAAUGACUUCUUAGUCAACUGUCAGAGAGAUCACCUGAGCUACGACGAGAUCCUCAGCAUUAUACAGAAAUUUGAGCCCUCGUCAAGCAUGAGGCAAAUGGGCUGGAUGUCAUUUGAAGGUUUUGCAAGAUACCUGAUGGACAAAGACAACUUUGCGUCCCGUAAUGAGGAAUCCCAACUGAACCCGGAGGAGCUGCACUAUCCUCUGUCCUACUACUACAUCGAGUCCUCUCACAACACGUAUCUGACGGGACACCAGCUGAAGGGAGAGUCCUCUGUCGAGCUGUACAGUCAGGUGCUGCUGCAAGGCUGCAGGAGCGUUGAGUUGGACUGCUGGGAUGGAGAUGACGGCAUGCCGGUUAUUUACCACGGACACACACUCACCACUAAAAUACCCUUCAAGGAUGUGGUGGAAGCCAUCAACCGGGCUGCGUUUGUCAUUUCGGACAUGCCCGUUGUCCUGUCCAUCGAGAACCACUGCUCGCUCCCUCAGCAACGCAAGAUGGCGGAGAUCUUCAAGACGGUGUUCGGGGAACGUCUGGUGACGCGCUUCCUCUUCGAAAGCGACUUCAACGACGACCCUCACCUGCCGUCGCCGCUGCAGCUGCGGGGGAGGAUCCUCCUGAAGAACAAGAAGCUGAAAGCCCACCAGGCGCCGGUGGACAUCCUCAAACAGAAGGCUCACCAGCUCGCCCACAUGCAGGCUCAGGCCAGCAACGGGUCGCCGGGGGUCACAUCACCUGGCAACCACGCCAACGAGGAGGAGGAAGAGGAAGAAGACGAGUACGACUACGACUAUGAGUCUCUAUCAGAUGCUGAUGUCCUCACAGCCUCUACUGCCUCAUAUGGCCUGGAAGAUAACAUCCUGGAUGACAAGCCCGAGGGGAAGAGCCCGGCAGACAAAGAGGAGCAACCUGUGGAUGAAAUCCCAAAGAGGAUGAAGAAGAGUGACAGCACCACGCAGAGCAAAGGAAAGGUGUUUGACAUGGAGCUGGGCGAGGAGUUCUACCUCCCUCAGAACAAGAAGGAGAGUCGACAGAUCGCCCAGGAGCUGUCCGACCUCGUCAUCUACUGCCAGGCUGUGAAAUUCCCGGGCCUGUCCACGCUGUCUCCGGCCGGCUCCGGCAGAGGGAAGGACCGGGGGAAGAGCAGGAAGUCCAUAUUUGGCACGGCUCCGGCUCGCUGCGGCAUAACGGGGGAUGUCACGGCCCAGAGCCGCACCCCUGGGAAAGGUGGCGCUGACCGGCUCAGCUGGGAGGAGCAGCAGACGUCGCCCACCCUCAACCCCCCCACCUCUCUCAGCGCCAUCAUCCGCACGCCCAAGUGCUACCACGUCUCCUCCGUCAACGAGAACGCCGCCAAGCGCCUGUACCGGCGCUACUCCCAGAAGCUGAUCCACCACACGGCGUGCCAGCUGCUCCGGACGUAUCCCGCCGCCACCAGGAUCGACUCCACCAACCCCAACCCGCUGCUCUUCUGGCUGCACGGCAUCCAGCUGGUGGCGCUCAACUACCAGACCGAUGAUCUGCCCAUGCAGUUGAACACGGCGCUGUUUGAGGCCAACGGCGGCUGUGGCUACGUCCUGAAGCCGGCGGUGCUGUGGGACCGCAGCUGUUUGCUCUAUCAGCAGUUCUGUCCGAUGGAUAGAGACGUGGAGAAGAUGAGCCCGGCGGUCUAUUCCCUCACUAUUGUCUCUGGGCAGAACGUGUGUCCCGGUAACAGCGCCGGCAGCCCCUGCAUCGAGGUGGACGUCCUGGGCAUGCCCGUGGACAGCUGCCACUUCCGCACCAAACCCAUCCACCGCAACACGCUCAACCCCAUGUGGAGCGAGCACUUCCAGUUCACCGUGCACUUUGAGGACAUGUGCUUCCUGCGCGUCGCCGUGGUGGAGAACAACAGCUCCCAGACGACGGCUCAGAGGACGCUGCCCUUGAAAGCUCUCAAACCAGGUUAUAGACACGUCCAGUUGAGGACACAGCACAACGAGCAACUUGAAGUUUCCGGCUUACUCAUCUACAGCCGCAGGAUAGAGGAGGGUCCAACAGGGGGCGCCACUCCCUCAUCCCUGCUGUUCAGCUCGGAGGAGAAACAUGCGUCCCAGCCGCACUGGGUGACGGUGCACGGAGCUCCUGGUCCGGAGCCCUUCACCGUGUUCUGUGUCACCGAGCAGACCACCGCCAAGCAGCUGCUGGACACGGUUGUGGCAUCAACUGGGAAUCCGUCCGAUUACUUCCUGUGCGAAGAGCGGGCCCCUCUGUUGAAGGAGCGCAGUGAGGCGAAGCGCUGUGCUCAGCAGCGCCCCCUGGCUCCGGAGGAGGAGGUGGUCCGACUGGUCUCCAGCUGGAGCACAGAGGACGGAUACGUGGGGAGGAUCUACCUCAAAACAAGAGAGGAGAACUUGAACGAGCUGAACACGGUGCUGGACGGAGAGGAGGAGGUGACUGUGGGGAGCAGAGAAGGAGGAGGAGGAGGAGGAGGAGCAGGAGAGGAAGACAUGUUCUUUGUUCAGGUUCAUGAAGUUUCUCCAGAACAACCGCACACUGUGAUCAAAGCUCCUCGCUACAGCACCGCUCAGGACAUCAUCCAGCAGUCUCUGUCGAAGGCCAAGUAUUCCUACAGCAUCGUCUCCAACCCCAACCCAUGCGACUACGUCCUGAUGGAGGAGGUGACCAAGGACGCCAGCUCGAAGAAGUCCUCGACCUCCAAGCCGCUGCAGCGCGUGCUGCUGGAUCACGAGUGCGUCUUCCAGGCGCAGAGUCGCUGGCGCGGAGCGGGACGGUUCAUUCUAAAGCUCAAGGAGCAGGUGUCGCGGGAGGACAAGAAGAAAGUCAUGUCCUUCGCCAGCGAGCUGAAGAAGCUGACCAGCCGCAGCCGCAGCAUGACCACGGGCGGGGGGGGAGUGGACGGCCCGGCCCAGAGUAAGGAUGAGCGAGCUGCAUGCUGUGUGGCUCUGACUGAGCUCCAGGAGUGAGGCUCACACUCUGCCUGCUGUCUGUGCAUGGGAAGGCAACAGAGGGUACAUGUCUGCAGCUGCAGGUCUGAAGGCGUGGGUGGCCGAGGGCCGGGUGGGGGCCGGGAGGUUCC